CGCUAAACGGAACGCAGCCGCAGCAGUCAGACCUGUUCCUGUAUUUCAGCGCGUGCAGGGCUGACCGUGUAGCAAAACAACUUUAGGACAAAGUUGCUCCCGAUAAACCGAGGCGUCCAUAUUCCUCCCAGAAACAGCUCGCGUUAGGACGGAGGGAACAAAAUGCCCGCGGUCUCUAAAGGGGAUGGGAUGCGUGGCUUGGCUGUGUUCAUCUCAGACAUCAGGAACUGUAAAAGUAAGGAGGCAGAAGUGAAGAGGAUAAACAAAGAGCUGGCCAACAUUCGUUCCAAAUUCAAAGGAGACAAGGCGUUGGACGGCUACAGUAAGAAGAAAUAUGUCUGCAAGCUGCUCUUCAUCUUCCUUCUGGGCCACGAUAUCGAUUUUGGACACAUGGAGGCCGUCAACCUGCUUAGCUCUAACAAAUACACCGAAAAGCAAAUUGGCUACUUGUUCAUCUCGGUGCUGGUGAACUCCAACAGCGACCUGAUCCGUCUGAUCAACAACGCCAUCAAGAACGACCUGGCCAGCCGUAAUUCCACCUUCAUGAACCUGGCCCUGCACUGCAUCGCUAACGUGGGCAGCAGAGAGAUGGCCGAGGCUUUCGCUUCUGAAAUCCCCAGGAUCCUGGUGGCCGGGGACACCAUGGACAGCGUGAAGCAGAGCGCCGCGCUGUGUCUGCUGCGGCUCAACAGGACCUCCCCUGACCUGAUACCUAUGGGGGAAUGGACCGCCCGCGUGGUCCAUCUGCUUAAUGAUCAGCACCUGGGAGUGGUCACAGCAGCCACCAGCCUCAUCGCCACUCUUGCCCAGAAGAGUCCUGAUGAGUUUAAAACCUCCGUGUCUCUGGCCGUGGCCAGGCUCAGCAGGAUCGUGACGUCUGCAUCCAUCGACCUGCAGGACUACACAUACUACUUUGUUGCUGCGCCGUGGCUGUCCGUCAAGCUGCUGCGCCUGCUGCAGUGCUACCCUCCACCCGAGGAUGCAGCGCUGCGGAGUCGUCUGACUGAGUGUCUGGAGACCAUCCUUAAUAAAGCCCAGGAGCCACCAAAGUCCAAGAAGGUGCAGCACUCCAAUGCAAAGAACGCUGUUCUGUUUGAAGCCAUCGCCCUCAUCAUCCACCACGACAGCGAACCCAACCUGCUGGUGCGAGCCUGCAACCAGCUGGGCCAGUUUCUGCAGCACAGGGAGACCAACCUGCGCUAUCUGGCUUUAGAGAGCAUGUGCACGCUGGCCAGCUCCGAGUUCUCCCACGAGGCCGUGAAGACGCACAUAGAAACUGUCAUCAGUGCCCUGAAGACCGAGAGAGAUGUGAGUGUCCGCCAGCGGGCCGUCGACCUGCUCUACGCCAUGUGUGACCGCAGCAACUCCAAGCAGAUCGUGGCAGAGAUGCUGAGCUAUCUGGAGACAGCAGACUACUCCAUCAGAGAGGAGAUCGUGCUGAAGGUGGCCAUCCUGGCAGAGAAAUACGCAGUGGACUACACGUGGUACGUGGACACCAUUCUCAACCUGAUCCGCAUCGCUGGCGACUACGUGAGUGAAGAGGUGUGGUAUCGCGUCAUCCAGAUCGUCAUCAACCGGGACGACGUUCAAGGCUACGCCGCCAAGACCGUGUUUGAGGCCCUCCAGGCUCCAGCCUGUCAUGAGAACCUGGUGAAGGUGGGAGGUUACAUUCUUGGAGAGUUUGGGAACCUGAUUGCUGGUGACCCACGCUCCAGCCCUCUGGUCCAGUUCGAUCUCCUCCACUCCAAGUUUCACUUGUGCUCCGUCCCAACUCGGGCCCUGCUGCUCUCUGCUUACAUCAAGUUCAUCAACUUGUUCCCAGAGGUCAAAGGCACAAUCCAAGAUGUCCUCCGCUCGGACAGCCAGCUCCGCAACGCUGACGUGGAGCUUCAGCAGAGAGCUGUGGAGUACCUGAGGCUCAGCUGCAUCGCCAGCACCGACAUACUGGCCACAGUUUUAGAAGAAAUGCCUCCAUUCCCAGAGAGAGAGUCGUCCAUCCUGGCCAAGCUGAAGAAGAAGAAGGGCUCCAGCAAGCUGCCUGACCUGGACGACUCCCGACGGACCGUCAAUGGCAGCAGCGAACACGCUGAGGACACCGAAGCCGUAAACAUAAACGUAAACCAGACUUGUCGCUUUCUGACGGAAGAGCUUAUUUCCACAGACAGACCCCACCCCACCUCCUGUAGCGCCACCAUGCUCCCCACCAGAACCAUGGGUCCCAUCCACACCUCUACGGACAUCCUGAAUCUGAACUCCACCCCUUCAUCGGGAGCCAGCCUGCUGGUGGACGUCUUCUCCGACAUGGCCAACCCUGCGCCCACAGAGGGGUCAGAGGAUCAUUUUCCCAGGUUUGUGUGCAAAAACAACGGCGUCAUCUAUGAGAACCAGCUUUUACAGAUUGGACUGAAGUCUGAGUACCGUCAGAACCUGGGUCGCAUGUAUGUGUUCUAUGGCAAUAAGACCUCCACCCAGUUCCUCAGCUUCUCCACAUCAGUGACCAGUGAUAUCGUCCUCAGCUCUCAGCUCAGUGUCCAGGCCAAGCCUGUGGAUCCGCUCAUCGAGGCCGGAGCUCAGGUCCAGCAGAUCCUGAACAUUGAGUGCGUCUCAGAUUUCUCAGACGCUCCUGUACUCAACAUUCAGUUCAGAUAUGGUGGAACUUUGCAGAACAUCGCGGUCAAACUCCCUGUCAUGCUAAAUAAGUUUUUCCAGCCCACGGAGAUGGCGUCCCAAGACUUCUUCCAGCGCUGGAAACAGCUUGGAGCCCCCCAACAAGAGGUGCAGAAAAUCUUCAAAGCCCAAAACCAGAUGGACACAGACGUUACCAAAGCCAAGCUGUUAGGUUUCGGUGUGGCUCUGCUGGACGGCGUGGAUCCCAAUCCUGCAAACUUUGUUGGAGCUGGAAUCAUCCACACCAAGACCACUCAGGUGGGCUGCCUGCUCAGGCUGGAGCCCAACACACAAGCACAGAUGUACCGCCUCACACUCCGGACCAGCAAGGAGUCCGUAUCUCAGCGGCUGUGUGAGCUGCUCUCAGAACAGUUUUAGACACGCCACAGCUCCUGGAUUUUUACCCUUUCUUACUUUCACUUUAGAUCAGAUAGAAUGUGUUGUACAGUGUACAUGCUUGUUGUAUUGCCAUGCUUUAUAUCCAACUGAACUGAAAAGUAUUUUUUGCACAAAGCCCCAGUAACACGUCACAGCUUUAAAGCCGCCUUGCGUGUGUCCUCACACUGUGAGCACCUUAGCUGAGGUGCUGCAGACCGAGCAGGAGGCCCAGAAUGCUCCUCUGGUCCUUCUGCAGCUCUGUCACUCCAUCGUUUGGUUUGGCUGCUGCCUUCAAGCACUGAUGGGACUGAGCUACAGGUACUUGAGAGGCUCGGUCAUGUGUUUGGUGGUGCUUCUGUAAUGUUUCACACGACUGUUACGCAAUCGUUCUGCACUUGUUGGCUUAACAAAUUAGAUUGCACAUGUAGCUCACAGAGAACGUUAUAUCAGAAGUCAGCACUUCACCAGUUUAAUACAUGUUGUCUCAGGAGGAACACUUGCUCUUUGGUAUUUAUAUAUAAAAAAUAUUUUGUAUGCGUCAGUUUUGUUUCCAGUUUGAAAAGAUUUGAUCACCUGGAGUUGUUUCUAUAAAGCAUUAUACAAACAUUG